GAGGUCUAUGUUACCAUCAUCGUGGGGGUGUGAAUUUUCACAGUAUUUUGCAUUCUGGUCAUUUUCUUUGUAUCCGUAGACCUUCCGUACAAACGUAUAUACAGAAGACUUGCCUGUGGCCCUCUUUCUCUUGGUUGUUUAUAAAUUAUAAGCUAAGCGUCGAGAAUUGAGGGCUUAACACAAUCUUUAUCUUGUAUGCUACUUUUCAUGGUUCUUGGGUUUCUGUCAAUUCUUGCUCUUUUUGCCUAAAUCUUCAUUCCUGCUAACUGGGUCUUCAAAGAUUGAAGCUUUAUCCCUGUCAAUUGAUUGAUUUGGUGUUUAUAAUUUAUUGGUUCACAAACACAAAUAUUAGAGAACUUGGGUUUGGUGUUUAUAAUUUAUUUUUGGGCUGUUGGGAUUUAAUGGAAUAAAAUAACUUUCUUAGCUCCAAUUCGAUUUCUAUACACUUUUACAGACAAUUAUAAGCUAGCUGCUUUGUAGAUUCUGUAUAAAGUAUCAAAUCUGUAUUUGGAUAAGUUUUUAAGACUUUGAAAAGAUGACGAUUGGAAAUCAAGCUCCAAAGAAGGAGAGAAGGUCAAGGAGGAGCAAAACCGUUAAUGAGAAAGCUCCCUUGUUGCCUAAAAGUCAAGAGGAGGAUGCUGGUUUUGAUGAGUUUGAUGGAGCUUCCUUUACUGGGGCAGUGUUCAACUUAUCUACUACCAUAGUUGGUGCUGGAAUCAUGGCACUGCCUGCUACCAUGAAAGUGUUAGGCCUUGGCCUUGGGGUUGCUAUGAUCAUCUUUAUGGCCUUCUUGACAGAGGCUUCAAUUGAGUUGUUGCUUAGGUUUAGCAGGGCAGGGAAGAGUGCUUCGUAUGGGGGACUAAUGGGUGAUGCCUUUGGGAAGUAUGGAAGGAUAUUGUUGCAAGUUGCUGUUUUAAUCAACAACGUUGGUAUACUCAUUGUGUACAUGAUUAUCAUUGGUGAUGUGCUGUCUGGAACAUCUUCGAGUGGACUUCAUCAUGCCGGUGUGCUUGAAGGAUGGUUUGGGGAACACUGGUGGACUGGACGAUUCUUUAUCCUUCUUAUUGCAACACUUGCUAUAUUUUCUCCACUUGCUUGCUUUAAACGAAUUGAUUCUUUAAGAUUCACAUCUGCCUUAUCAGUUGCUCUAGCAGUUGUGUUUCUUGUCAUCACUGUGGGAAUCACUGUUAUCAAGUUGAUAAAUGGAAGCAUAAUGAUGCCCAGAUUGCUACCUAAUGUUACAGAUUUGACGUCAUUUUGGAAACUCUUCACUGUAGUCCCUGUUCUUGUCACUGCAUACAUCUGCCACUACAAUGUUCACAGCAUAGAUAAUGAACUUGAGGACUCCACUCAGAUAAAAGCAGUUGUGCGAACAUCACUUGCUUUAUGCUCAACUGUGUACAUAAUGACCAGCAUUUUUGGAUUCCUUCUAUUUGGUGAUGGAACUCUUGAUGAUGUGCUUGCCAACUUUGAUACUGACCUCGGCAUUCCUUACAGUUCCCUGCUUAAUGAUGCUGUUCGCGUUAGUUAUGCUGCUCAUCUCAUGCUUGUAUUCCCAAUUGUCUUCUAUCCCUUGCGACUCAACUUGGACGGCCUCCUAUUUCCCUUAGCACGGCCUCUUUAUCAGGAAAAUAUGAGAUUUGCAUCAAUCACCAUUGGACUAAUUGCUCUGAUCUUCUUGGGUGCUAAUUUCAUUCCAAGCAUCUGGGAUGCAUUCCAAUUCACUGGAGCAACUGCUGCUGUUUGCCUUGGAUUCAUUUUUCCUGCUUCCAUCACUCUUAGGGAUCGCCACAAUAUAGCAACAAAGAAGGACAAAAUCUUAUGUAUUUUCAUGGUUGUCCUUGCCGUGUUCUCAAAUUUGGUGGCCAUCUAUAGUGAUGCAUAUGCGUUGAUUAAAAAGAGUUCUUCACCACGCGAAUGAUCUGUCAUGUUACACCAUACUGUGAAAUGAACCAAGAGUUGGUCAUCUUUUAGCUAAGAGACCUUGAUUAGCAGAAUCUUUUCCAAUGCAACUUCUCUAGGAAGUUGUAAUGUAGUUCAAUAAAAUAAGUACUUGGAUAAAUGUAUAUAUUCAUUUAGCUAAAGACAGCCAAGGUCUCUAAACCCUUCUGGACCUCUUACUGUAUGCAUUGUUGUAGCGGCUUGUGCUUUGUUUUGGGUUUUUGUUUUGUGGAUCAGAAUGAAACUAUAGAAAUGAAGAUAUAUAAAUAUAUUUGCAGUGCA